AUGUAUAGUUUCUAUGCGGCACCAUCUAGAGUUGGAGAGGGUUCCCUGCAGAGAACCAAAUCACGACCUCGUUGGCAGUCAAACUUCGGAAGAUAUGAUAUUCAACACCAGUUAGAGACGGUCAGGACGAGAAUUCCAAACGGAAAUAUCAAGAGAGAACUGCAGGAAAAAUCGCCAACUUUCCUCAGUCAAUCCCUCAUCUCUGAAAACGGAAAGCUGAGCGGGUGGCAAUUUGGAGCCACUCCGUAUUUUGGUGCGAGGUACCCCUGCCCUACGAUGUCGUUUAUUUCUCGCAGAUACUCACAGGAUUUGAAUACCUGUUCCUUUCCUAGGGCAAGUCCUGUGGCCACCAGGCUAGAACAGACAGAUACAUCUCUUGGGAAACCAAAAGGUUUAUCUGGGGAAGGAACCAGAACUACCACUGGGUUAUCAGAUAACGGUCAUGCGACAUUUGGAAGGCUUCUCAGCGAUAGCGAGCCGUUAACAAACCUACCAGAGCCUAAAACUGAACAGUUUCCGCAAGGACAACGAGAAGCCCUGGAAAGCAUCAACAUGGCUAUCAACAACUCAGCCAAGACAGGCCCAGAGUACCGGGAACGAAGAAGAAGGAACAACCUGUCGGCGAAGAAAUCGCGCGACGCCAGGAAGUUUCGAGAAUUGCAAAUGGGAAGGAAAUUGGUUUAUCUUGAGCAUGAAAACAUACGUCUGCGUGCGGAUAUUUAUGCAUCGCAGGAAGAAAAUUUUCGCUUAAAAAGAAUACUAAGCGCUAACUGCGAUGUUUUCAGCUCACAGCAAUUUCUGACAGAAAAACAAGAGAAUUAA